AUGACCUCCCAGAAGCCCAGGAUCCUCAUCCCCGGCGGUGCCGGCUACAUCGGCUCGCACGUCGCCCUGGUCACGCUCCUCACCCGCAAGUUCCGCGUGACCGUGCUCGACAACUUCCACAAUGCCUUCCCCACCGCCGUCAAGCGCCUCGAGAAGAUCGCCAUCGACGAGCUCGGUGAGGGCGCGUCCCAGCAGGAAAAGGACGACUGCAAGGUCGACGUCUUCAAGGGCGACCUCCGGUCCAAGGACGACAUCAAGAAGGUCUUUGACGCCUACUCGGGCGACGACAAGAUCUGGGGCGUCAUCCUCACCGCCGCGCUCAAGGCCGUUGGAGAGAGCUCCGAGAUCCCGAUCGACUACUACGCCGUCAACGUCGGCGGCCUGGUCAACCUGCUCUCGGUCAUGCACGAGAACAAGUGCACCCGCCUCGUGUACAGCUCGUCGGCCACCGUCUACGGCACGCCGCCCAAGGUGCCCAUCCCCGAGACGUCUCCCUUUGCGCCCGAGUCGGUCUACGGCCGCACCAAGUGGAUGAGCGAGGUCAUCAUCCGCGACACGUGCGACGCCUACCCCGAGUGGCGCGCCAUCGGCCUGCGCUACUUCAACCCCGCCGGCGCGCACAAGUCGGGCCUGAUCGGCGAGGACCCGCGAGGCAAGCCGGGCAACCUGCUGCCCCUCCUCUCGCAGAUGGCCGUCGGCAAGUACCGCGAGGGCGGCCUCAAGGUUUUCGGCAAUGACUACCCGACCCCGGACGGCACCUGCGUCCGCGACUACAUCCACAUCGAGGACCUCGCCGGCGGCCACGUCAACGCCCUCGAGGCCCUCGACCGCGACGAGAUCUUUGCCGAGGGCAAGACCGACACCAAGGGCAAGUACCGCGCCUACAACCUCGGCAAGGGCGUCGGCAUGAGCGUCCUCAACAUGGUCGACGCCAUGCGCAAGGUGUCCGGCUACGAGUUCCCCACGACCAUCGUCGGCAGGAGGACCGGCGACGUCCCCGACCUCACCGCCGACCCGACGCUUGCCGAGCAGGAGCUCGGCUUCAAGGCCACCCGGACGCUCGACGACAUGGCCCAGGACCUCUGGAGGUGGCAGAGCAACAACCCGAACGGAUACGGCGAGCAGUGA